AUGGCCGCGCUCAGCUCCCAGCCGUCUCCCUUCGGGCACCUGACACGGGAGAGGCACAUCCAAGUGCUGGCGAGGGCCUUGAGGAAGGAGGACGGGUCUCCGGGCCUCCAGGCCGGGGGGACAUCCCCCAGCUGGGAAGGCACAAGCCGGGCUAACCAGGCUCGAGAGCCGGCCUUUGGGAGCAGCCAGGGGAGCCCGGAGCCAGCUCGGCGGGUUGGAGCCGAUGCCCCUUCAAGUGCCGAGGACCUUGGCCACCAACUCAAGGGCUGGGGACGGCCGGGAAGCGAGCGGGGUAGGAGUGCCGGGGAGGAAGCCACCGAGUCACCUCUGCCGCGGCUGGGCUGGCGGGGCAGGAGAGCCCGCAGAGGGAGCCCAGAGCCGAGCUUGCAGCAGGUUCAGGAGGACGACGACGUUCCCCGGCUCGGGCUGCAGGUGCUGGCCGGCGCCUCCGAGCUGCGCAUCACCGCCCGCGCUGGGCUCCGCGGGUUCGCCGGGGACCCAGGGAGAACGUACGUGGUGGGCACCGUGCCAGCAAAGGGGCUGCUGGUAGCUAUCGAAGAAACCAGCAGCUUGUGUCUGCACCUGUGUGGCCCUGCCCGCUCCUGCCGCAUCCGCCUCCAGGACCCACAAGGCCAGGACGUCCUGUGGCUCCGACGGCCCUUCGGGGCGGGUGCCAGCUGCCUGGGCUGCUGCCAGACGGAGAUGCGGGUGUUCACCGCCGGUGACCAGCUUGUGGGCAGCGUGCGGCAGAGGUGGGGCAUCCUUGCCCAUCGCUGGGACCUGCGUGAUCCCCACGGCGCAGCCACCAUGAGGAUCCGAGGCUCCUGCACAGCCAGCCGCUGCUCCUCCAACCAGGAGUUCCAGGUCACCUCCCGUGCCGGCAGCCCCGUGGCAGUGAUCUGGAAGAGGUGGCCAGGUUUCAAUGAAGACUGGAACAUGGACCAUGAGUUCUUUGGGGUGGACAUUUCAGCAAAGCUGGGGGCCGAGGACACCGCUCUCCUGCUGGCAGCAGCCUUCCUCCUGAACUACAUGUUCUUCGAGAUGAGCUGA